AUGGACGACCUCUCCGGCCUCGACUGGUCCGCGUCCAGCAACAGCUCCAAGCCGAAGACGACCACCACGACUCCCGCCUUCUCCAGCUUUCCCGCGAUCCGACCAACACCGUCCCCUUUCGCUUCGGGUCGUAGUACACCUAUCUCGACUCAGGGUUCCGGUACGAUUGCUCCCAAGUCCAACAACAACCCGUUCUCGAAGCCGGCGCAAGACAGCUUCAGCAACCUCGGCAGCCUCGUCAGCUUCGGCUCAUCCUCGACCCAGAACACCGCGAAGCUAAGCUUGAAGGAACAACAGGAGAGGUUGGAGGCCGAGAAACGCAGGAAGGAGGAGGAACGACGACAGCAGCUUCAGGCACAAUAUGGAGGGCUUGAUGCUUUGGGACAGCUGGGCAGUGGGAGCAACAGCAGGACGACGUCACCUGCAGCGUUUGGGUUCGGGGCAAUGCCUACGUCCACUACGUCGAUCCCGUCCCCGGCGAUCUCGAGGGUCGCAAGCCCGCUGAACCCGACGACGGUGAACCAGUUGAACACGACAACGAAGAAGCCGAGCGACUCGGAUGACGACCUGUUUGCGGCGUUCAAGGCCGAGACCAAGGUCGAUAAUGCGAGCCAUUACCCCCCGCCGAAAGUAUCGAGUCCUCGGCCGGUGACGGGCGCGACGGCGAGUGCGCCGAGGUUGGAUCUUUCGGAUCCGUCGGCCUGGGGCGCGCCGAAACCGAGUACACCUGUGCCUGUGCCUGCCCCUGCUCCGGCGCCAGUUAGUGCGGCGAACACGGCAUUUGCGGGACUCGAUGACGACGACCCGUUCGGACUCGGCGAACUCGGUGCGCCAAAGAAGAGUGCGGCCCCGCCGCCCCCGGCCCUCGACGAAGAGGACGAUUUGCUAGGUGACCUAGCUAAACCUGUUGACCAGGUCAAGCAAAAGCAGCAACAAUUACAACAACAGCAACAACGACAGCCCCAAGCACAAGCCGCCAGACCAUCCUUCUCCCAAAGGCGAGAACCAGGCAAGCCGAUCGAGGACGACGAGGACUCGUCUUCUGAUGAGGAGGAACCCGCACGACCCUCUCGCCCAUCCGAUGACCCCUUCGACCGGGCAGUGGCCCAACUAGUCGACUACGGAUUCACUCCUGAAAAUGCCAGAAGAGGCUUGACGGAGAGUGGCGCCGGACUAAACGUUCAGGCGGCCGUUAACUGGCUGCUCGACGACGCGCACAGGCAGGCGAAGGAGGAGGCUAGGACUAAGAAUGGAGGUGGUGGCGGACACCAACACACUGGGCGGAGCGAGGAACGAGGAGCAAGCCAGUCUCGCGCUGGACGUGGUGGUCAAGGAGGACCUUCGUGGAUGAGGGAGGAACAGCAGCACCAGGCUGAGAGGUCUAGGAGUAGGGAUAAUCGAUCACCGGCGUCUCUGGCCGAGGUGGACUUUGCCAAGACUGCGGCAGCUGUGGGCACGAGUUUGUUCAAAACGGCGAACAGCUUGUGGAAGACAGGGCAGAAGAAGGUGCAGGAGGCUGUGAAGGAGUUCCAGCAGGAAGGAGGCGAUCCGAACCAGCCCAAAUGGAUGAGAGAUGCUGCUGAGUAUGAGCAAGGCGGCAGGAGGCCGCAAGCGCCGGAUGUCACAGAUGAAGCUAUGAUGUUGGAGGGUGGUGGGCGGCCGGUACGGAAGCCGGAUUCUACGAGGGAACGCCCGGCGGAACCCUGGACUGCUAGUAAUGGUCCGCAACGACAUGCUUCCCCCGUGCCCCGGUGGCAGCAACAGGCACAAUCACCAUCGGCCUCGAUCGAUCCACGGUCUAGGCUCAGCAAGCAGGCUACCGAGGAGCAGAGUUCCCAAGCUUAUGUUAGUCCUGCACGCAGGAAGAAGGCCACUCCACAGCCGCAACCGCAAGCUCCUCCACCGGCACAGUUUGAGGACGAAGAUCUUCUAUUCGGCUCUUCAGCUCCAUCCAAGUCUCAACCUACCACCACACUACCUCCCAGACCCGCCGCCAAAGCUGCAGUACCACGUCCCCCAGCUCCCCGACGGUCUCCCGCCCCCAUACAACCCAAGCCGGCCGCGCCUCCCCGGCAGGUCCCUCCCAUUUCCGCCAUUGCCCUCCAAUCAUCCACCAAGCACCGUCUCGAAGGCACCGCCCACUUCAAGCGCGGAGACUACGCCGCGGCGCACACCUCAUACGGUGCCUCCCUCUCCGCCAUCCCGUCUACCCACCCGUUGGCCAUCCUCCUACUUUGCAACCGCGCCCUCACCGCGCUCAAAGUCGGCGAACCCCGACAAGCCGUCCAGGAUGCGGACGCUGCCAUCGCGCUCAUCGGCCCCUCCAAGGGAGAAGGCGAGUCGGUCGAAGUCCAGACGUCCGAACACGGCCCAGCAGAGAAACGCGAAAUGCGCGACCUCUACGGCAAAGCGCUCACCCGCAAGGCCGAAGCGCUGGAGCAAAUGGAGAAGUGGGUGGAAGCCGAAAAAGUAUGGCAGAGUGCGGUCGAAGCUGGUCUUGGUGGCCAAACGGCGGCGGCGGGGAGACAGAGGUGUCAGAAAGCUCUUGCCCCCAAGCCCGUCGCCGCUGCUGCUCCCGUUAAGAAGCCCUCUGCUGCCCCAGCUCGUCCUCGGCCUACCCCCACGGCAACAAGUCAGAAAUCAAACGAGGCAGUCCAACGUCUCCGUUUAGCCAACCAGGCCGCGGAGAAGGAAGGAAACGAAAAGUUUGCUCUUGCCGACAAGGUCGAUGCCAAAAUCGCUUCUUGGAGAGACGGCAAGAAGGAUAAUUUGCGCGCGCUGCUGUCUAGCUUGGAUAAUGUGCUGUGGGAGGGGAGCGGGUGGAAGAAGGUCGGGUUGCAUGAGCUAGUGGUGGCGAACAAGGUCAAGAUUGUUUACAUGAAGGCUAUUGCCAAGUGCCAUCCCGAUAAGAUCCCUACCGAUGCGUCGACCGAGGUUAGGAUGAUUGCUGGAACGGUGUUUGCUACGCUUAAUGAGGCUUGGGAUAAGUUUAAGAAGGAGAAUAAUAUGUGA